AAUCAAAUUCAGGAUCACAAAUGCUGUCUUUAAAUAAACUAUCGGGAACUGUCAAUCGGUUGUGUAGAAAUUAUUUGAGUAGAUCUUUAACCUCAAUAUCGAAUGAAAAUGCAGAGGUUAAAGAACAAAAAGAAAAGAAUAUUUUAACAGACCACUAUAAUGGUGUGGCUAUUAUUAGUAUAAAUCGUCCUGACAAAAAAAAUUGUUUGGAUGUUGCUACUACGCAAGAAUUAGUAGAAGAAUUAGAUAAAUUUGACAAUGAUGAAAAGUCUGUCGUUGGCGUGCUUCAUGGAGUCGGAGGUAAUUUUUGUGGUGGCUAUGACUUGAAAGAAAUUGCACAAUACAAUGGAACGAAUGAAGAAAUUUUACCUCAAUUUGGACCAUUGGGUGAUAAAAUUGAACUAUGUAAAAAGCCAUUAAUUGCAGCCAUAAAUGGUUAUGCAGUCGGAGUAGGAUUUGAACUUGCUUUAAUGUGUGAUUUAAGGGUAAUGGAGAAAAGUGCAGUAAUGGGAUUUCUAAAUAGGCGUUAUGGCAUUCCUAUAUUGUGUGGUGGUACUGUUCGUUUGCCAGCUUUGAUCGGCUAUUCAAGAGCAAUGGAAGUCAUUUUAACUGGUCGUGCUAUUUUUGCAAAAGAAGCAUUUAAUUGGGGUUUAGCUAAUCGAUACACAGCUCCUGGUGCAG